AAGGUUUACGUGCAAGUCAAGGCUCAAAGAGGACAAAUUCGUGAACAUGAGCUUGGAGAAUCCCCUUCCUCUCUCAAUGUCUAGGGGAUUAGGGGAGGUAUCCUCAAGCUUUUCUUCGAGAUCGAGCUUCUCAUCUCUUACUACGAAGCUUGAGACGAAGGCUCGCACGGUUUUGGAAGCAGUUGCAGAGUUCGAGCUUCCGAAGACUUCAGCUCUACCUCCAUCUGUCCGUAGUUCUUUUCGAUCUCUAGCGGUUUCUACGGUAUCGGAUUCUCAAACUCUGGUAUACAUUGGUACCCAUGGCGGGAAGAUCAUCUUGCUCUCCCUCAAUCCCUCCUCGGUCGUUGCUCCUAACUUGGAUCCUGCAAAUCAAACCGGCUGUGAAGCUUCUUCCUCCAUGAAACUCACUUUUCUGAGAUCUUUAUCGGUUAGUGACUGCUCAGUGGAUUCGAUACAGGAGUGUGUCGAAAUUGGGAAAAUUCUUGUGCUUUCCGAUGGAUUUCUGUUUUUGUUAGAUUUGCAUCUAUUGCAACCCGUUCGGAGAUUGAAUUUUCCACGGGGAGCAACGGUUGUUGCCAGGAGAUUGCGUGGCAUAGACUCAACGAGUUCAGAUCUUCUUGAAGAUGGAGUUCCUCGGUCUGAAUUAUCUAGUCCCGGCCAAAGGUUUCUACAGAAGUUAGGAGGAGGGAUUAGGACAAAUGGUACGAAAUCUAGGGACUACGAAUCGCUCAGAGAUGGUAACUGUGUCGUUGCAGUUGCAGUGGGUAAAAGGCUGAUUUUGAUAGAGCUCCUCUUACCCGGUAGAAGGGAUAGAACUGAUCGCGAUGCUGAUACUGGGGAGAUUUUCAUAGUUCUAAAAGAAAUUCAGAGUGUUGAGGGGGUCAAGACGAUGGUGUGGCUUGACGAUUCAAUAAUUAUUGGCACUGUUAAUGGAUACACACUGUUCUCUUGCGUUACGGGGCAAAGUGCGCCAUUAUUUUCACUUCCAGAUACAUCCAGUCCUCCUUGCCUGAAACCUCUGGUUAAAGACCAUAAUGUGCUUUUGUUUGUUGACAAUGUCGGUAUCAUUGUUAAUGCUUUUGGGCAGCCUGUUGGUGGGAGCUUGAUCUUUCGAUGUGUCCCAGAUUCUGUUGGGGAGAUAUCCUCUUAUGUGAUAGUUGUAAAGGAUGGAAAUGUGGAUUUGUACCACAAGAAAACAAGCCUCUCCAUUCAGUCACUGCAUUUUGCAAUGGAAAGGGUUGGUCCAUGCAUCGUGGCAAAUGAGGAGAGUGGGACUGGGGAGUUUGUUGUUUUUGCAACACCUUCUAAGGCCAUUUGCUUUCGGAAGGUUUCUGCUGAAGAACAAAUUAAAGACUUACUGAGGAAGAAGAAUUUUAAAGAAGCCAUCUCUUUGGUGGAAGAACUCGAGUGUGAGGGAGAAAUGACAAAGGAAAUGCUUUCUUUUGUGCAUGCUCAAGUGGGAUUUCUCUUGCUAUUUGACUUGCAUUUUGAGGAAGCUGUAAAUCAUUUCUUGCAGUCUGAAACAAUGGAACCAUCUGAAAUAUUUCCUUUUAUAAUGCGAGAUCCAAAUCGCUGGUCACUGCUGGUUCCCAGGAAGCGGUAUUGGGGCUUGCAUCCUCCUCCUGUACCUCUUGAAAAUGUUGUAGAUGAUGGGCUGAUGGCUAUACAGAGAGCUGUCUUUCUUAGAAAAGCAGGAGUAGAGACUGCAACUGAUGAAGAUUUUCUUUUGAAUCCGCCAAGUAGAGCUGAACUGUUAGAGUCGGCAAUCCAAAACAUGAUCAGGUAUCUGCGAGUUUGUCGGAAUAAGGAUUUGGCCCUUCAGGUCAGGGAAGGAGUUGACACUUUUCUAAUGUACCUCUAUAGAGCCCUUAAUCAUGUGGAUGAUAUGGAGCAGCUGGCAUCUUCGGAGAACAGUUGUGUUGUGGAGGAAUUGGAAUCUUUGUUAGAUGAGUCUGGGCACUUACGGACGCUUGCAUUCCUGUAUGCAAGUAAAGGAUUGAGCUCAAAGGCUCUUGCUAUCUGGCGUAUUUUGGCGAGAAACUAUUCAUCUGGCCUGUGGAAAGACCCUGCAACAGAACAACCCAAUCAGGAUACUGGUACUAGUGUGAUCUCUGGGAAGAAGACUGCUGCAAUUGAGGCUUCGAAGCUUCUGGAAGAGUUAUCUGACCAGGACAUGGUUCUGCAGCAUCUUGGGUGGAUUGUGGAUGUAGACCAGGAAGUCGCUGUUAGAGUUUUAACAUCAGAGAAGAGAGCCCAUCAACUUUCACCAGAAGAAGUAAUUUCGGCAAUUGAUCCGAAAAAGGUAGAGAUUCUUCAGAGAUAUUUGCGAUGGUUGAUUGAGGAUCAAGAUACUGAUGAGACACUAUUCCAUACACUAUAUGCUCUUUCUCUUGCGAAAUCAGUGAUGGAAUCCGUAGAGAUGGGAAGCAGUUAUCAAACCCCACUUGCUGGGAAGUUUGAAGAAGCAAACACUUCCAAUGUUGAAAAUGGUAUUAACUUUCAGAGUUCAAUCAGAGAAAGAUUACAACAGUUUUUACAGUCUUCGGACUUAUACGACCCUGAAGAAGUUCUAGACUUGAUUGAAGGAUCGGAAUUAUGGUUGGAAAAGGCUAUUCUAUACAGAAAACUGGGGCAAGAGACACUAGUUCUCCAGAUUUUGGCUUUGAAGCUGGAGGACAGUGAAGCAGCUGAACAAUAUUGUGCAGAAAUCGGUAGACCAGACGCCUAUAUGCAGCUGCUUGAUAUGUAUUUGGAUCCACAAGAUGGGAAGGAGCCUAUGUUUAAGGCUGCAGUUCGCCUUCUUCACAACCAUGGAGAAUCUUUGGAUCCCCUACAAGUUUUAGAGACACUGUCCCCAGACAUGCCCCUCCAACUUGCCUCUGAUACAAUAUUAAGAAUGUUGAAAGCUCGGCUUCAUCAUCGUCGUCAAGGACAGAUUGUGCGUAAUCUAUCCCGUGCCAUUAGCAUAGACACAAAGUUGGCAAGAUUAGAAGAGAGGUCAAGAAAUGUGCAGAUCAAUGAUGAAAGCCUCUGCGAUUCUUGUCACACUCGCCUUGGUACCAAGCUCUUUGCUAUGUACCCUGAUGAUUCGAUUGUCUGUUACAAGUGUUUCCGUCGUCUGGGUGACUCCACUUCAGUAACUGGACGUAACUUCAAGCGGGAAAUCAUAAUCAAGCCAGGUUGGCUUGUUAGCCGAUGAGCCUUAGAUGAUAUGUAUACCAUGCUUCUGUGUUCAAUGCUUCUACUGCUCUCCAGUGAAGCUAUAUCACCUUGACAACGACAAGCUGAAAAUCUUUGCCAGAAUCAAGUUCUUGUUUGAAGAGGAAGAUAGUGUGCAUGCAAUUUGAUUUUUUUUACUGUGAUUCUGCUGACGACAUGUUCUUGCUAGAUUUGACUCUGUAAAAAAUGUAAUUAUAGGAUCAAAGUCUUGUAGGUCAUGUCAUGCUAACAUUGUGCUUAAUUGUUUUGUUGG